AGUUGUUUGUCGGCAUCGUUUGCGAGCGGUUGUAUUGUGCAAAUCAUAACGGUACCAUUUUAUGGCGCGCAAUCAGAAACGUGUGUGUUGAUAAUAAUUUGUGACAAAAUAAUUAUAUACUAAAUUACUUAGACCAAUUAAGGAAACGUGCCGUCCCCAGGUGAAGUGUGUCAAGUGUUGCAUGCAAAACAUGUGGCGUAGAAUCGUUUUGGGAAAUAAUAUAGUUUUGAGUGUUUAGUUGUGCUGGAGGCCCUUAUAUACAAAAACAUGUGCUAAAGUGUAUAUAUUAUAAAUUUAUGGAAAUUUAAAUUAACUUACAUAUCGAGCGUGAAAAACGAUUUCUACAACUACUUAUAAUAAUGAAUUCCCUGUGGAGUGUAUAAAUAAACCAACACUUUCAUAAAUAUGCAUUAAAAGCAAAAAAGCAAGGCUUUGUUAUAAAUACUACUCGCUCAGCGCAUUCAAUGAGAUUGCUUGUAAAUAAACAUCCGCGAUAAGAACAAAUAAAUGCCAUGACGUCGAUACGUGCAACAUGCUUCACAAAGCUAUUCAGGCAGCCAGCAGGCAGCUUAUUAUUCGUCUUGAUAUUUAUGUGCCAUAAAACUGAUUUCAGUUUAAUUGAAACAGCUGCUGAUGUGAUAACCGAUCCUAAAUUCAGUUUCCCAAUUGUAAAUGUGACAGCCUCUGUGGGGCGUGAAGCCUUUCUAACAUGUGUUGUACAGGAUUUGGGAUCAUUUAAGGUCGCGUGGCUACGCGUAGAUACACAAACAAUUUUAACCAUACAAAAUCACGUGAUCACGAAAAAUCAACGCAUCGGCAUAACAAACUCCGAACACAAAACGUGGACUAUGAAAAUCAAAGAUAUCAAAGAGAGCGAUAAAGGCUGGUAUAUGUGUCAAAUUAAUACAGAUCCAAUGAAAAGUCAAAUGGGCUAUCUGGAUGUGGUAGUCCCGCCGGAUAUCCUCGAUUAUCCCACUAGCACGGAUAUGGUUGUGCGCGAGGAUAGUAAUGUGACGCUCAAAUGUGCAGCAACGGGCUCACCAGAGCCGACAAUUACAUGGCGACGUGAAAAUGGAGUACCCAUUGAAUUGGCCAACGGCUCUGAGGCGUUGAGGUGUAACUUUGAUUUUGCCCGAGUGAAACGUCAACAUAUGGGUGCAUACUUAUGCAUAGCAUCGAACGGUGUGCCGCCAUCGGUGAGCAAACGCAUAACAUUUAUAGUGCAUUGUGUCAAAUAUACAUCCGGUGUAACGGAAAUUGGCGAAUACCGCAAUUCAAUGCAAUUGCAUAUUAGUGACUUGACGCAAGCAGAAUUUGGAGCUUAUCGUUGUGUGGCGAAAAAUUCUCUGGGCGAUACCGAUGGCACCAUAAAGUUAUAUCGAAUACCACCGACUGCUGUGAAUUAUGUGGAGAACUCCGAAGGACGUUACAAAGGCAACAACAAAAAACGCAUCAAGAGCUCGGAACUCUAUCACCAGUCGAAGGCGUCCGACGGCGGCAGCGUGGAUAUGGAAAAUCCCGGCAAACGAAAAGAUAUGAUGCUUGGCAACGAAUUGGAUGAUGGUUUCUACGACUCAGCUGCUGCGGCUGUAACGUAUUGUCAACAACAUAAAUUGACAGUGACAACAAUGGCGUUGUUCACAAUGUUGUUACUGUUCAGAAAAGUUGCGGUACUGAUUGACGUCUGACAGUUGCUGAGCGCAGAGCUACUGAUACACUGAUGACAUUGUGGUUGCGUUGACGUAUGAGUAACUGUUAAGGCUAAAAGGAUUUACUGUAAGCUGGUGAAUAUGAUUUGUAUGUGCUUGUAUGCAAAUAUUGCUGCAAUGAAUUUGUGCAAGUGUGUAAGUUGCGAGUAUUAAGUGGUUGCCAUAUUGCAAGUUAAAAUUGUAGAGCACAUAAGCAGGUUAGCAAUGAUAAGCAAAUGUAUAUAUAUUGCAAUUCUUUAGUUUUAUUGGUAAAUUCUACAAAGUUAAAAAUAUAAAACUUAUAAAGAAAUAUAAUAAAUAGAAAUUUAAAAGGUACAUAUUUGAAAAAAAAAUUAUGUUGGAAAAUAAUUUAAAUUGUUUAGUUUAGAACUAAUUAAUUUUGAGCUUGAAAUUUUUGUAAAUAAUUAUUAAUAUAUAAUAAGUAUAAACAUAGUUAUAUGUAAAGUGAAAAUGUAAAUUAAUGCUUCCUGAUGCAAAAAUAUGUACGCAAGCCGAUAUAUAUUUGUGUAAUAUUCAGAUUGGUUGAACAGUUUCUGCGCUCGGAAUGAAAAAUUACUGUUUUUGGUACGAAAUAAAUUUUUUUUACUCAAAAUAAUCUCACUUAACUUCAAUACAUUUAUUCCAAUGAUCCUCCAAUAAU